GCGACAUCGCUUCAUCUCAUCAGGAAUCAGCGUAGCUGUGCAGAAAAGAGCAAAAGUUCAGAGAGAGAGAGAGGAAUCAGCGUAGCUGUGCAGAAAAGAGAGAGAGAGAGAGAGAGAUGUCUCUAGUAGACUAUGCUUCUUCAUCAGACGACGACGUAUCUGAUGAAGAAGAAGAACAACAAGAAGAACACGAAGAAGAAGAAGACGAACCUCAACAACUCCCAAACCCCAAUCCUCACAACCAGAUAUCCGGGUCUUCAUCAAAUCUGCAACCAGAAAGUGCUGUGCAUUCAUCAGAGCCUUCUAUUGAGAGACUUCCUGAUGCUUCCUUUCUCUUAAAUUCACCUGCAUCGUUGUCUAAUCUGAUGAGCAGUAGUGACCACUCUUCUCGAGUUGCUGCUGCUAUGGCUGAAAAUGCAUCACGCAAGAGGGACUCAAAUGGGUUGGCUUCCUCUCUUCCCCGCAAUAAAGUUCCUAGAGGGACCUUGCCUCAUUCAAGGAAUGUUCCAGAUACUGUUGGUGGCGUUUUAGUUCCUCCUCAGCUUAGCGGAAGGAGCAAUGUUGUUACAGAAGAUAUAGGGAAGCUUUUUGUCAGAAAGCAUGCUGAACCCUCUUCUAACUAAUGGAUCUUUAAAUUGCUGAUAGUUGACACUGUUGUAGGGAUAAUGUCACUUGUAAACAUUUGGAUUUCUUUGUAGAAUGUAAUACUUUAUAAAAUUGUGUUUAUAUCCUGGGUUGCCUUUAGCUCUUA